AUGUCAGGAAUAGCAUUAGUUUGCAGACAAGUUCCGCAAAGUGUUGGAGAUGCACAAGUCUGGCAAUUAUUUUCACCAUUUGUGCAGGUUGCUGUUAGUUUUCUUUCUUUUUCUGUAACAUUUGACCUUAUUUCUUGGCUAGAUCCUUGACUAUCAUUGUUUUGGAAAAGCUGAUUAAGAAUCUCAGGAUCUGUAAUAGGAGCUUUAGAGUCACUAUCAGAGCUUUCCUCAUGCUCAAUAAUAUUGUUUUGCAUUGCAGAAGCUUGAAGCAUCAGGAUAAGAAUAAACAUUGGCAACACCAUUUAUUUUUAUUAA